UCCCCUGUUUAGGUACAAGGCCAGCCACUUAUGGUUCAGGUUAGUGGAGGACAACUAAUUACAUCCACAGGACAGCCGAUUAUGGUACAGGCUAUGAGUGGACAAGGUCAAACUCUUAUGCAAGUUCCAGUGUCUGGAUCCCAAGGCCUUCAGCAGAUUCAGCUGGUGCAGCCAGGGCAGAUCCAGAUCCAGGGAGGGCAAGCAUUGCAGGUUCAAACACAGCAGGGGCAAACCCAACAAAUAAUUAUUCAGCAACCACAGACGGCAGUUACCGCCGGCCAAAGUCAGAACCAGCAACAGAUUGCUGUUCAGGGUCAGCAGGUGGCACAGACAGCUGAAGGACAAACUAUUGUUUACCAACCAGUAAAUGCUGAUGGAACAAUUCUACAGCAAGUUACAGUGCCUGUUAGUGGAAUGAUAACCAUACCAGCUGCUAGCCUGGCAGGUGCUCAGAUUGUUCAAGCUGGAGGGAACACCAAUACAACCAAUAGUGGUCAAGGGACAGUUACUGUCACUCUGCCUAUGACAGGAAAUGUUAUGAACUCCGGGGGUAUGGUAAUGAUGGUACCUGGUGCAGGCUCUGUUCCAGCACUGCAAAGAAUACCACUUCCUGGAGCUGAAAUGCUAGAGGAGGAACCUUUGUAUGUAAAUGCCAAACAGUAUCACCGAAUAUUAAAGAGAAGGCAGGCAAGAGCCAAAUUGGAGGCAGAGGGCAAAAUCCCCAAAGAGAGGAGAAAAUACUUGCAUGAGUCUCGGCACCGCCAUGCCAUGGCUAGAAAGAGAGGAGAUGGAGGACGUUUUUUCUCCCCUAAAGAAAAAGAAGAACAUCUCUUAAAUGUACAGGAAGUGGAAUUUCAUUAGCGCAAGAGCUGUUAAAAUGGAUUCAUCUCAGGGAAGAGAUGUUUACACAGAUGAUGCAACCAUUCUGGCAGUGUCCUAAACUCCAAAAAUGAUGCCUCCUUAAAACUUCAAGGCUUCUUCAGAUUUUUUACUUGCCUCGACCCUGCAUUAAGAAAAUGGAGUGAUCCUUAAAGCGCACCUAUCACUAAGAAAAUCCUUGUCAUUCAAUUACUUGAUAAAUUAUGUCCUCUCUCCUUUGUAUCCAGAUGUAUAUACAAGUAGGACAGAAGAGAAAGGUUUUGCAGUCCUUCUGGAACAUAAAAAUGAAAAAAAUAUUUUUUAAGGAACAUGAUAAAAUUAACUAAAAAGAAACCUUUUCUGUUCAAAAUGUUUGGUCAGUAUUGAAAGGACCCAAUGUGGCUUUACAAUGAGGUGGAGUGCUGGCUCUGAUU